CCUCCACCCCCUCUGAUCCCCGUCCCCGUGUACCAGCCUCACCAGCAGCUCAUCACCGAUGUGGAUCCACAGGUUACCAAGUAUAACAGUGUAUUUGGCAAGUUCUCAUCAAGAAAUGUUCUGAAGUCAAAGCCUCCAUUUAGACAACCCCACGCCAUGCACCCGACAAGACUGGUACACCCUGACGAGGCCUAUCUUGCCAAACUGGUGUCAAAGGUCAAUGACCCCUCAGUCAAGGAAGAGUUUAUCACCUCAGCCUGGGAUCACCUAAGCCACCCCAAGACCGACGCCUUCAUCCCCGCCAGGAGUGGCCGAGGACCAAGUGAACUGUUUGGGUCCAGUAGGAAUGCGCCACCCCAUGUGAUGUCCAAGGAAUACACCGAUGCCUUGCUAGACAGUAUCAGACACAUCACUGUCACCCAACCUCUUAAUAUUGGGGACACUGGUGUGAGAUGGUCCAAGCAAGAGCGUCAUAGCACCUGUGAAUAGAGGGGUUACUGAAAUGGCUCCUGAAGAAUGAACUUGCUGGGAACAUUAAAAGAACUUAAUAUAUUUGUCUGACAAAAAGUCAUGUGGACACGAGGAUAAAAGAUCCUAUAAGAAAGAAGGAUAAUGAAUCCAAGCCAAUUGAAUACUACUGGAUUCAUGGAAAAUAAGUUCCAAUAGUAUUUUCAGAUCAUAGUUCCUAUAGGAGUCAGAGAAUAUAUCAUACAGGAUCUCAAGGAAAAAAGAUCAAGAGUAAAAUAUCCUAUGGCAAUCAUUGGAAAAAGCCUUCAAGAUUUAGAAAAUCAAUCCUAUGGAAGACGAGGACAAAAACAGCUUGGAAAUGAACUAUUCUCAACUGGUAUUAAACAGAGAAAUACUAGUAUUACAUUACAGGCAUGGUAUGGUGGUUGGAUAUAGAUGGACUCAUGAAAUGUAAAAUCAAUAAUAUGCAUUACAAGCACAUGCUUGAUCAUUUAACAGUGGCAACAGGGUUCAUCAAUUGUUGGCAUUUACUGAGAUGAAAACGCAGUGUUUACCAGAAAUUGGAACCUGAGGAUUGUCUGUGAUACUAUAUACAAUUUAUUUUAAGGGCCCUUCAACCCCCACCCCCUUACUUCAGUGAAUAGUCUGCAUAUAUGUCACUCUAACCUAACCAAGUAUGAGCUUUAUUUUUUAUUUUCUUUUGUGACAAGACUACUUGCAAUGCUUGGUAAAUGCCAUCCAAUUUAAAAGACAGAAAAUGUAAUCAGGAAAUUGUUUGAGAUUU